AUGGCAGACAUGGCGACUCUUCAUCAACCAGCCAUCCAGCGGCGUGCACGCCCUGAAGAUGCAGCGAUGCAUAUCACGGUAUCCGACCCUGUGCAGCACCAGGAAGGAAUGAACAAGUACACGUCCUACCGCGUGGAUGUUCGUCCCCAAGCGACCCCUCCUCCUGGCGAGCAUCAAGAUAGUAUCAUGAUGCAGCACACGGCAUAUUCCGCUGUGCUGCGCCGUUAUUCGGACUUUUUCUGGCUCUACGAAAGACUUCACACUGAACGAGCGGGAGCUGUUGUUCCCCCCAUUCCUGAAAAAACUGCCGUGGGACGAUUUUCCCCCCAAUUCAUUGAGGAUCGCCGCAUGAACUUGGAACGAUUCUUGCGACGUGUAGCUGUUCAUCCAGAGCUUGCCGAUGCUCCUUGCUUGGAUACCUUUUUGCGUGCGGAUGAUGCUACCUUCCACGCAGCCAAACAGGCCAAGGGCGAUGUGGCUUCGACCGGGGGCAUGAGUCACCCUCACCAACAAAGUAUGACCUACCAAAGUCCUCCCAAAAAAGAAGGCUUAAAGAGAUGGUUUGCAGAAGCAAAGACGUCGAUUGCUGGUGAUCUGGUCAAGUCUCCCGAUGACGACCUCUUUGAUGAAAUCUCACGAUACAUCCACUCACUCGAUAGCCAAAUGAAAAAUGUCAGUCACCAAGCUUCUGCUUUGGUCAGAAAAGGAAAGGAAAUUGCCAAUGGCUUGUUCGAAUUUGGAUUGGCUUUCAAUUUACUUGGACAGAGCGAAGCUGACGCCCUCGGGGAUGCCCUGGGGAGAAUGGGAGACACAGCGGACCGAUUGUCUGUUCUCAGUGCGGAUCAUGCCGAAAAAGAAAUGGCGCAGUUUGAGGAACCCUUGCAGGACUACUUGAAGAUGAUUCAUGCUGUGAAACUUGCCUUGCAGCGACGCCACGAAAAAAGACUCACCUACAGUACUUGCCUGGCCGAAGUCGAAGCCAAACAGGUGUCGCUGGGCAAAUUGCAAUCACAGAUGGGCCAAGAUGCCAAGGCUUAUGCUGCCGAGAUGUCCUUGAGACGAGCUCAGCAAGCUGCUGAAGUUGCCAGGGAUGAUUUUGCCACGGUGUCGCAACGUGUGUUACGAGAAGUAGAUCGGUUCAAGCGGGAAAAGGCCGAAGACAUGCGACGCACGGUUUUGGACUACAUCAAUCUACAGGUUGACUACAACAAACGCAUGGAGCAGAUCUGGACUGCGCUGGUUCCUCAGCUCGAGAAGGUUCAACUGGAUAGCCACAGCAAUGCGAUUGCUGUGUCAUCGAACCAGGACACGAAGCCGGCCCCAAGUCCCACGGUAGCCUCCUCCGAAAAUCCUCCUAGUACGUCGGUGGCUCAGCAGGCUGUGCCCCCACCGUCCAAUGCAGACCCUGCGAGUGCCGGCAUGCUGUCUGUGCAGUACCGUGAUCCUGUACCGUAG